AUGAAAUAUCAAUUGGCACUUUUGUUUCUUGUUUUGUUGGUACGCAAUGUGAAGGGGGAUCUUCCCAUACACGCUCUGAUGGGAGACGUGGCGGGUAUUUGGCACAUCAGCCAGACGGAGGAACUGAGUGACAAGCCGGAGAACUGCGGGGGAGGGAUUCCGAACAGAAAUGGCCAGAAUUUGGAUCCACAAUUAAAAAACUAUGAAACUUUUUUGCAAAACAAUUACGGAGGGCUGGAAACCACAUCAAUUAAGCUAACCACGGAGAAAAUUAAAUUGUCGGACAAAAUGAAUCAGAGGAAUAAUUGGACCUACUUGGCAGUGAGGGAUGUGAAGACUAAUGGGAUCAUCGGGCACUGGACUAUGGUUUAUGACGAAGGGUUCGAAGUGAGGGUCCCUGGGAGGCGGUACUUCGAACAGGACUCUACCAAUAGCAACUGCUAUAUUACAGAUCCUACAAGGACGUUGAUUGGAUGGGUUCUACAUGAACGGGUUCAUGAGAAUGAGACAGAGAAAAAAGUAUUUCAGUGGGGAUGCUUCUAUGGAAGGAAGCAGGAGGAUGUAGGUGUCUCCUCCUUCGUCAUUCACGCUGGGGAUAAAAGUCGGGGUGGUACAGAGGAACGGGAAGGGAAGCCUUUACCGCCAAAAAACCAACAGAGUUUUGCUGCCAUUAAGCAGAGGUCGAAUUAUACGAAGAUAAGACUCUCCACAGGGAGUCCAUACGGGGUCCCGAAGACCAGCUUGAUGAGCAUAUACCAACGCGUGAGGGAACAAAUUUACGGGUGCCGCAAGGAGGACAAUGAGGAAGUAAAGAUGCGCUUGACCCUCCCGAAGGCGUUCACCUGGGGGGAUCCAUUCAGUGAUGAUAUGUUUGAAGACGACGUGGAGGAUCAAAUGAAUUGUGGAAGUUGUUACUCCAUUGCGACUGUGUACAGUCUUCAUAAAAGAUUUGAAAUUUCGUUUUUAAAAAAAUACAAAAAAAAAAUUCCCAUGCCAAAAUUGUCUUACCAGUCCAUCCUCAGUUGUUCCCCAUACAACCAGGGGUGUGACGGCGGGUUUCCUUUUCUCGUAGGGAAGCAACUUUAUGAGUUUGGUACGCCGACAGAAAAUUCUUUUCGUUACGGUAAUAGUGACUUGAUCAAGUGUGAAAUGAGCAUGGGUUCUUAUAAUAAUGUGACCUCUGCAGGGUAUACAGAGGAGGAUGUUUUUUUUGCAGCUGAAUAUAAUUAUGUAAGUGGGUGUUAUGAAUGCUCCAGCGAAUAUGACAUGAUGAAUGAAAUUUAUUUAAAUGGACCCAUCGUAGUUGCAAUAAAUGCCACCUCGCAAUUACUUGGCUUGUACAAAUUAGGGAAGCAAAAUGGUAUAUAUGACACCGCUACGCAUGAGAACAAAGUUUGUGAUGUGCCAAAUGAGGGUUUCAACGGAUGGCAACAGACCAACCAUGCGGUGACCAUUGUUGGUUGGGGGGAGGAACAAGAACAGGAGGGAGGCAACCUCGUUAAGUACUGGUUGGUCAGAAAUACUUGGGGAACGUCGUGGGGCUACAAGGGGUACAUCAAGUUUCAGCGGGGCGUGAACUUGGCCGGCAUCGAGACGCAGGCGGUCUUCCUGGACCCGGACUUAUCGCGCGGCGGGGCGGCCAACAUAGCCACUCAAGUUGCCAAUCAAGUUGCCGCUUAA